GGCUUUGUGCGCGCGGCGGCGGCGCCGGGGCAGCAGCGCGUCCUGCGGCUCGCGGGGGCCGCGCGGGGCCUCCCAGAGCCGCCGGGCCCGGCCCGAGCGCCAGCGGCUAAAAACAAUAAACAGUUGAACUUCUCUUUAUGAAACUGAUCAUCACUCAAGUGUAGUUUUUGAUGUAUGGUCUCUAAAGCCCCCCACUAUGCCAGCAGCUACUGUAGACCAUAGCCAAAGAAUCUGUGAAGUUUGGGCUUGUAACUUGGAUGAAGAGAUGAAGAAAAUUCGUCAAGUUAUACGGAAGUAUAACUAUGUAGCCAUGGACACAGAAUUUCCAGGAGUGGUUGCAAGGCCUAUUGGAGAAUUCAGAAGCAACGCAGACUAUCAGUACCAACUAUUGCGCUGCAAUGUCGACUUGCUAAAAAUAAUUCAGCUAGGACUGACAUUUAUGAAUGAGCAAGGAGAAUAUCCUCCAGGAACUUCAACUUGGCAAUUUAAUUUUAAAUUUAACCUAACAGAAGAUAUGUAUGCUCAGGACUCUAUUGAGCUGUUGACGACAUCUGGUAUCCAGUUUAAAAAGCAUGAAGAAGAGGGAAUUGAGACACAGUAUUUUGCAGAACUGCUCAUGACAUCAGGAGUUGUACUGUGUGAAGGAGUCAAGUGGCUUUCCUUUCAUAGCGGAUAUGACUUUGGCUAUCUAAUCAAAAUCCUGACAAACUCCAAUUUACCUGAGGAAGAGUUGGACUUCUUUGAGAUACUGCGGUUGUUUUUCCCUGUCAUCUAUGAUGUAAAAUAUCUCAUGAAGAGUUGCAAAAACCUGAAGGGUGGAUUACAAGAAGUGGCUGAGCAGUUAGAGCUGGAAAGGAUAGGACCACAGCAUCAAGCAGGAUCCGAUUCUUUACUCACAGGAAUGGCCUUUUUCAAAAUGAGAGAAAUGUUCUUUGAAGAUCACAUUGAUGAUGCCAAAUAUUGUGGCCACUUAUAUGGCCUUGGUUCGGGCUCAUCUUAUGUACAAAACGGCACAGGAAAUGCUUAUGAAGAAGAAGCCAACAAGCAGUCAUGACAUGAAAUGAAAGGCCAUCUUUUUGACCUCCACAUGCUUGUAUAUAGGUUUUAUCUCUGGCUGAACCCCUUGGACAAUAAGGCUUUUUUCCCCCCUUUCUCAGUACACUUUCUUUUCUGCCUUUCUAUGUACUAAACUUGACUGUUCCUAUCACAGAUUUUGAUCUUGAUAUGUAAAAUUUUCUGGGUUACAUUUUGGCCUCUUAACUAGCCCAUUUGUAAAGAAGCAUGUAUAGGAUCAGUGUGGAAGAGAGAAGGGGAAAGUUGAAUCAUAAUGAACAGUCUGGUAAACUUACCUAUAUUGUUUUUCCAUUUUUUUUGUCUCUUUCCCCUCCCUUCUUCAAUUAAUUGGCUCUGAUUGUAAUUAACUUCCCUCUUCAUGUCUGUUCCUUCCACUGUGCAGGCGUUUUAGCUAUUCAAGAUUGUGGACCAUCAAAUUUGCACUUUAGAGAGAGACUGACUCAGAUCCUCUGUUUUAUUUGAAGUUUGUUUUGGUUUUUUCUCUUGCCCUCAGCUAGAAAACAAUCAUCUGCCAAGUUCAGCAGCUUCAAGCUGUAUUUCCUUGGCAUCUCACCCCGUAAUCUCUGUUUGUUAAAGCGAAACAAACUACUGAAAUCAUAGUAACUGCUCUUAUUUUACUAUUGUUCAGUCAUCUUCAAACACAUCCUGCACGUGUCAACUGCUGUUUGGCCUGAUGCUUUAAAACCGCUCUAUGAUGGGGGAAAGAGGCUUGAAAAAACAGCUUUACACCCUUCAGGAAAAGAACAGCUAUGACUUUAGCCUUUUUGCCAUUAAGCUGAGAGUUGAAGGAUAUUGGAAAAGUAGAAGUCUUGUAAUGGCACAUUUCCCUUGAUUAACCUCCUAGUUUUUAUUCUAGUAAUGUGCACCUCAGAUAUUUUUUAUGAAGUCAUAUUUAUUAUGUACUUGAUUUCAUGAUUUUUGUAAGUCAGUUUAGUUGAAGAUAAAACCCAAAGAUCUGAAAAAAUACUAUUUAAUUGAAAUAUUGAAUUAGAAGGACAAUUAAAUCAUGCUUUUUUGUAGUUGUUACAAAGACAGAUGUUACAGAUACUUGUUGUAAAACAACAAAAUAUGAAUAAUUUACAGCUAAUAAAGUUACCUGAGGAGUGUAAUGCUAGCUUAUUUUUGAGUAUAUUUUACAAUGUAUUUUAGAUACAUUGUUUUAAAGGACCCUGGAGUAUGUUCUCAACUCUGCAUAGCAUGUAUACAGAGCAGUUGUGCAGGAAGGAGUUUUGGUAUUGAAUAGCUAAAUCCUAGCCUGAAAUGAUGGGACGUGUGACAUUGUGUGUCUGCGUGUGCGCACGUGUGUGUGACACAGAAAUCAAUGGUAGAAAAAUCUCCAAAUGUUCACCAAAUAUUCUGUUUUAUCCUGUACUUAAAAGCAAGAGAUCAAACACCUUUCUCUCAUUGAAUUAUGAUGAUGUAACUGGGCAGUCCUUUUUAAACAAGUAAUUUGCAUAACAGAGGGUAUUUGUUUUUAAAGCUUUUGUAAAUAAAGGCCUAAGAAAUGUUUUCUUACAUAACAACAGACUGGUGGUUUUGUUGCAAAAUGUUUCCUGGAAUGUGAAUAUUUAGUCUGUUCAAUUCUGUAUUCUGUUUUGUUUAGGCAUCAUAGUUCUCUUCCACAUGCUUAUAAUCUGAGCAAAAAUCAUGCACAUUGAGCAAAAUUCUGUUCAUAGGUUUCUAGUAAUUUCAUUUUUAUUGUCCUGAAUUGAAAGAGUGGUGAUCACAAUUUUACUUCUGAGGCAUCCUAAUCCCAUUAUUAAUUUUAUACCAUUAUGCAUUAGAUGAUGAUGACUUGUUGGUUGUCUUUGUCUUUAAUAAGAUAGUGAUAGUGAAAGCAGGAUGAAUUCUUACAUACAUACAGGGAAAAUUUGCAUACACGUGGAAUUAAGAACCCUGAAGUUUGAUGCAUUCACUUUAAAGUAGUAGCUUUGCCUAAAGCAUACCGGUACAGCUAUCUGGUUAACUUUUGAAUGGGAUGACUCUUUGAUCCUCGAUUAAAAAGUUACUUCAAAACAAAAACCCACUAAAGUCCUUCAAAGGAAGUUUUUAGAGCCUUCUAAAUAUGUGCCUAGAGUAAAAGUUCUAGUGCCAAUGGGGAUGUGCUUUUGAAGUGACUACUGAGCAUCCCAGAUGCUCUGCUGUGCUUUUCUUUGCUUCCUGUCCUAGAAUUACAGAAUGGUUUGGGUUGGAAGGGACCAUACAGUUCCAACCCGCCUGCCAUGGGAGGAACACUUUGCACUAGACUAAGUUGCUCAAAAGUCAUGUUCAUCUUGGCCUUUAACACUUCAGGGAUGGGGUAUCCACAACUCUGUCAUGGACAACCUCUUCUGGUGCCUCACCACCCUCACAGUAAAGAAUUUCUUCCUAAUAAUCAAUCUAAAUCUGCCCUCUUUCAGUUUAAAGCCAUUACUCCUUGUCCUGUCACUACAUGUUGUGUAAAAAGUACCUCUCUUGUAGGCCCCCUUUAGGUACUGAAAGGCUGCUGUUAGGUCUCCCUGGAACCUGCUCUUCUCCAGGCUGAACAAGUCCAACUCUGUCAACCUGUCUGCAUAGGAGAGAUGCUCCAGCUUUCUAAACAUCUUUGCAGCUUACUCCAGCAGUCCAUGUCUCUCUUAUGUCGCAGGCUCCAAGCUGGACUCAGUACUCCAGGUGGGGUCUCACAAGAGCAGAGCAGAGGGGCAGAAUCUCCUCCCUUGACCUGCUGGCUACACUUUCGAUACAGCCCAGGACAUGAUUGGCUUUCUGGGCUGCAAGUGCACAUUGCCAGGUCAUGUCAAGUUUCUUGUUCACCAAGAACCACAAGUCCUCCUCAAGGAAGCUCUCAAUCUCUACAGCUUGUACUUUUGCUUGGAAUUGCCCCAACCCACAUGCAGGACCUUGCACUUGGCUUGUUGAACUUCAUGAGGCUCACACAGGCCCAUCUCUCAAGCUGACAUUUUUGUCCAGUUUGUUGACUUCACCACAGAGCUCGGCGUCAUUGGCAAACUUGCUGAGUGUGCACUCAGCACUUGGAGGAAGUUUGCAAUGUCAUGAAACUGUCAGAGCUCACUCCUUUUGGAAGAAGCUUAAUCCAAAGAUGCACAAUAGGUGUGUGUCUCGUGUCCCACCUGCUAAUGGGCAUGCAGUCUGCAGGAGCAGGCGGAGUUUGCUUAAGCCCUAGCCUAAAAUUCUCACUGGGUAUUUGACUUAAAGCAAUUCUACUCUAUAAUAGUUUUCUUCCUGUAAUAAAAGCUUUUCUCAAAAGCCACAUAUCAGCAUGGAGCUAAGAUUAUGCUUUAUUCUGUGAGAGAACUCUUGGUCUGAUCACUGCAAUCUGUCAAGAGUUGAUUAUAGCUGGGGAGACAUCUGUGAGUCAUUCAUUUCUUUGGCAAAAUUAGAUUUAGUUUCCAUUAAGGGGUGACUUAAAUUGUGAAUUGUAGAGAUUAUGAAAAAAGGAAUUUCUUCUUAUUUGUAGGACUAUUACUUGUAAACUGCAGAACCUGAAAUUUGAAUCUGUUUCCAAAGUGGACAGCUUUAAUUGCUUUUCCAAAAAUGAAUGUGCAGGCAGAGUUCCAGCUGUCUAGACAUGCACCUUUUUGUUCAGAGACAAGAAUUCUCUUUCUAGGCCUCUGCUUUUCCCAAUUCAUUUAAAAUACAUCAUUGUUUGUCAGAAGAAAUGAAGUAUCAAAACCUGUUAUAUUUGAUGUUUCUUUUUUUAAUCCACUUGUAUUUUUGGCUUCUGGAGUCAGAUCAGUGUUCUAGGAACCUUAUGUUCUCUGUCACUAUUUUUUUCAAUAUAUAUAAUUUUUAUUUUAAGCAUUUAACCCUCUUGCUCAUUGAAACUAGGCAAGGAGAAUCUUUGAGGUGGAAGAAAAUAGGUCUGGAAAAUAUUCUGAGUACUUGAAGCUUUUUCCCAUAUGAAUUCAGGGAUGACCUAUAAUAUCUGGCAUCCAAGAAAUCUUACCUUAUCUGACUGGUUACUCUAAGCUCAAGAAUGGUUCAUUCCCUCAUACAGGAAAUCAAAGAAAAGUAGCAGGAAGCCUGCACUGAUAAACAAGGAGCUUCUGAUUCAACUCAAAACAGAGAAAGGUGGAAGCAGGACGGGUGACACUGUCUGACGUGGAUUAAGGGCCUGGGUUAAGAAAGCUAGUCUCUCUAAAGUUGAACCUGUUGAGGGAUAAGAAAAGAUUCUACAGGGACUUCAGGAGCAAAGAAAUAUCAGAGAAAAUGUGAGACCACUGCUAAAUGGGAGCAGGAGACUUAUUUACAAAGAACAUGGAAAAGGCCAAGCUACUCAAUGCCUUCUUUGCUUUGGUUUUUACUCUUAGGAUUUGCCUUCAGGAAUCCCAGGUCCCUGACAUGCUUAGCAAAGUCUGGAAUAAGGAAGAUUUAUCCUUGGUGGAGGGAGGAUCAGGCUAGGAAUGUAUAAAAAAAUUGGACAUAAAGAAGUUCAGGGGAUCUGAUAGGAUGCACCCUCAAGUGUUGAGGGAGCUGACUGAUGUCACUGCAAGGCCAUUCUUGUUAUCUUUGAAAGGUCAUUAUCAUAAGGGUAACUCCCUGAGGAGUGAAAGAGAUGUCAUUCCUACCUUCAAGAAGGGCAAGGAGGACACAGGGAAUUGCAGGCUGGUCAACCUCACUUUGAUGCCUGGGAAGGUGAAGAAACAGAUAAUAAUAGAAAUGAUUUCCAAAUAUAGAAUGGAUAAGAAGGUGAUUGGAAGUAGUCAGCCUGGAUUUAUAAAGGGGAAAUAAUUUCUGACCAGCUUGCUGUAUUUUACCCUCCUUUGGGCAUAUGUAUUGGAUUAGAUGAUUACACAGAUCCCUUCCAAUGCUUUCUCUUGUGUCAUACGAGAGCACACUUAAUGUAGAUGGUACUGGGUCCUUAUGAUGGAAAUAGAUGAGGCAUGAGUAGGGGUGUUCUGUGCCCACAAGGUUACGGGGUGCUUAUUAGUCACCCAGUGGAGACCAAGUGAGUACUUUAUGUUGUAUAGCACGGGCUGGAAGAUGUACUCCACCUGGCAGGUAGUAUAAUUUUACAGUAGUUUCAUUUAAUAGUUCCAAGUAAAAUUUCCUAGCUUGUAAGUAUUAGUGCUUAAGAAAGCUUAUAUUUAAUUGUGUUGGCUCAAAGUUCUUGAGUGGCAGUACUUGUUUAGCUCUAUAAAACUCCUUUGUAGUCAUUCAGAAAAACAGGUGAGGGGCUAGCUAAGUCAGCUGGCAAUGUGGGUCACAGUCCAGUGUUCUCUGACCAGGUUCUUCUAGAUAUUCUACAUGAGGAAAGCUUAAUGCUGUAGAACCAAACUUACUCAGUUGAAGAUAUUUGUUGCUAUGUGGGAUUUUGAUUUAGAAAAGUAAUGGAGCAACACACUGAAAUCACAACACAAACACAAUAUAGCAAUUGUAUAUACAGUUGAAUCACAAUACAAACAUCAUUCCCUUUACCAUUCUCUAUAGCUUGCUCACCACUGCAGUGCUGGGUGAUCCCAGCUGCUAGAAGGACCACAUGGAUUAAAGCCAGCUCAAGCCUAUUGCUCUCCUCAAAGUUGCUUUUGCUGGGUGUUCAGGUUUUAUACUCUAUGUCAUGCUGAGCCAUGUUCACACAUCCCCAUGUUGGUGUGGCUGACUUGGGAAUAUACUACUUUCUACUGAUUAUUUUAGGGAAGAUCUAUUUGCAACCAGCUGACCCCUUCAACUGAUACAGCUGUUUGUUUACAGCAAAGGCCAUCUAUGGUCACCUUGGUGUGAGAUCAGUUCAGCUUCUUUGGUGACAGCUGUUGUCACUUCCUACAUUCUUUUCUGAGCUUCACACACACGUCUGUCUACUCUGAGCCUUCUUCCACUGAAGAUGUUCAUUGAUCACUCACAGAACAAAAGUGUGGCUUUGUAAGGCCAGAUGUUGCUGGUUUUUUGGGUUUUGAAGAAAGGGAAAACCCAACAAACUUAUGCUGCUGUGUCUUUACUUUGGCUUCCCAGUGGUUUAUCUUUUUCUGACAUGUUUUGGGUUUUUUUCCCCCCAUUUUCUCAAGUGUCAUUUUUACUUGAGAACGUGUUUCUGUGACCUCUGAUUUAAACUCCCAAUUGUUUUUUCAACCUUGAAUAACUCACCAGAGUGCACUGGAAGGAAGAAAACACUUCUGGUACUGAAUCAGUUUUUAGAACUUCCUUGGAAGUUUAAUAUUCACAUUAUGUCAAUCGAUUUAGGGUGGUGUGGGUUCAUUGCAGUUUAUUAACUUGUAAGAUAAUUAUUCGAAGAAGUGAAUUUUUAAAUAAAACAGACUUAUAAAGAUACUGAUUUAACAACACGAACUCAGUGAUGGCAAAGAAAGCUAAAAGCCUCCAGUAGAAUUCUGGAUAUUUCUCUGACUACCACAAAUUGUUGAGUUUGAACAAAAUCUCCCAAAUAAUAAACUUUUCUAUUCAUACCAUGAAGUUAUUUUUCUGGUAUAUCUGAUCUUUAGUGUACUGUGGUUGGUUAACAGAUUAUUUUGGUAUUUACUUCCCUCUUCCGUGACUAGGUUAGACAGGUAGUGAAACAAGGAUGACUCUCCUGCAUUAUUUUAACAGUCUUGAGUUGGGAAUGAAACGUGCCCAUUGAUGUCAGCUGGUUUCUGCAGAGGCUGGUGUGGUCCUUCUGCCAGCACAGAUGAGAUAUUAUUUUCUGCCUCUGCUGAAGUGGGAGAGUUGUCUUGCCCAAGUGUGCUCUUUCUGUGCUCAUAAGACACUUGCCUCAAUUCACUCUGUUGGAUAAUGUGAGGGAGAGAGGGGAGUGGAAGCCUUCCCUUCUCCAUGCACCAGGCAGAAGCUGGCAACAGAUGAAUUUUUUGAGCUGCAUUAUAGAGAACAUGCUUUAUGUUUUGUAGAACAGCAAAUCAGAGCUGGGUUACAUUUGACAAUAUCCUUCCUUUACCUUUCAUAAUAGCUGAGCUUGGCAAGCUGUUUUCCUUCAUUCUUGUCUGUCUGCAUGGAGUGUAGCUGUAGUAUCUAUGAUAGUGUUUUAUAUGAAGAUUGAUUGCUACUGUGCUUACACCAUCACUAAGCUAUUUUUUUCUAUUGCAUCUGUUUGAGCUACUGGCCAGCCUUAUCUCUGGUAUGAAAGAGAAAAUAACUGGAAGUAAGCUUUUGUUGCUCAGACAAACAGUUUGUGUGUUGUGUAUUUUUUCUUUAUAACUAGAGCCCCUUAAGUGAACUGAAAAUUAUUCUGUUUUCAGGGAAAAGAAAAAAAAAAAAGGAAAGUGACUUCAUAAAGUGAUGACUGUCAGUAAGUGUUGGGUCUGUUCCAGUUAUGCCAAUCAGUUAAACUGUGAGCACGCAGGAGGUGGGAAAGGGGAGAUGGCUCAUGGCACACUCUUCCAACUGCUGCACUCAAACUGUUGGGACCAUCUGCUUGAGAUUAGAGUGAUCUAGGAUGAAGCAUGUAAUCAAUCCACCUCCCCCCACCCCCCAGUACUGGAUUUCAGGAUGACCAAGUUGCUAUAUUUCAGUGAUGCCUGCCAACUUAGAGAAAUGAAGGAAUUAUCUAUCUAGAAUCAACUUGGGGAGGGAGAGGAAUAAAGAGACUGUAAAUAUUUUUAUAUUUCAAAUUAAAGACUUUCAAUCUGGACUUCUAUGGAAGGAAAGAAGAGAGAGAGCAGAAUGAUAAAAAAAUUAGAAAGGGAACAACUGAAAAAUUGCAGAGAGGAAAUGGCAGGGCGUUCCUUAGAUGCCACUUGCUCAAAAUUUUGCCUCAGAAGGCUGCUGCUUUUCCCAUACUAUUACCAGGUCACUGAUGAGCUCUAAGAGAAGUAGCAACAGAGACACCCCACCACCCAUACAGCAUAGCAGCACAUUCUUUUAUUUAUUUUUGGUUUUGUUUGCAUAUGGUUCAAUACCAGUAUUUAUGGAAAGGUUUUAAAAAUGGGAUGAGCUUAAACCAUAUACCACAGGUUAUGUCUGAACUGGAAGAGGUGAAAACUGCUUACAUAACUGCUCCUGCAUUUUUAGAGGCCCCUGAGCAAACAGUCUCCAUCCUCUCAGCACCAGAGGUGGAGCCAACACUUUCCUAGGGAAGACUUAGCAAAGAGUGGAAAAUUGGGCAGAUUAGAAUCUGGCAUGGGAGAGACUGGAGAGCUCUCAUGAAGCAAAGCUGCUUGUGGGCACCAAUCCUGGUGAGUAACAUUACUCCCUUUCUUGCACCACCUCACUUCUAUAAAGUUAGGUGGGUUUAAGAACCCUCUCUUCUUUUGAGACAAAAUUCUACCUUUUUGACCUUUACAGUAUCCAAAAGACUGCAGCUGUCUGCUCUGCCAGCAUGAAGACAUGGAGUGUUUCACCCAUAGAAGACCAUAAAGGAAUUGGUUACUUCUCAACCUCUUUCAGUGUUGGUGCUUUCUGAGGUGCUAGAGAUUUCACAAUUAAACUGGGGAAAGGAAACUUACCUAUGAAGUCCAAGAUUGCUGGUGAAAGGGUGCUGAGUGACAUUUACUGCAACUAUGUUGUUAAUGAAGCCAUAGCAGAGAUGUGUUCUGCUGUUCAGGUACACCGUAAGUAAAACUGAAGGAAGUGUGUCAAUGACUCCUACGUACAUGACGUGCUGAACAAGAAGCAUUUAUUUAUGUGAGCAAUACGUUAACAAGUAGCAAAGUUAUACACUAAAUUUAUGUAGAAAUAUAUUUCCCCCACCUCCAGGACACCAGUCAACUGCAUCAGGGCAAGACCUCUCCAAAUAAUUAUUAAAACCAGCUAUAGCAUUCCAUGCAUUAAAACAAACUUGUUUACUGAACCAUUCUGGAGUUUCCUUCACUGGAGAUACUCAAGAACCACCAUGGCAAUCCUGUGCAAUGUAGUCUAAGACCCUGCUUAAGCACAGAGGUUGGACCAGAUGACCCCAUUCGCGGUCCCUUUCAACCUUAACCAAUUCUGUGAUUCUGUGUUUCAUUCAUUUACCUUUAGUCUGCUAAAGAACUUUCAGUCUGCAAUGUAAACCGGACAAUGUUUUUUCUCUCAAGUUGAAGAAUUCAAUUGCAUAGCACCAGCUGUGUCUAAUUGCUCAAUGAGAGGAGCUCACCAACAUUGUGUUCCAUUUUCUUAAUAAAAAUUACUCUCUGUGAAGACUUUGAGCACUCCAUCACCAGUCCAUCAACUGACACAGAGUAUGGUGUGGACCACUUCUGGUGCAGACAUGUUUUGGAUUUGUUCUAACCUACAAAUUAAAGAAGCUUCUUAUGCAUGUAGGGAGCUAUGAUUUAUACCACUGUUUACAUAUAUACAAAAUAAAUUUAACUCUUGUCAUUAGGGAUUCAGGCCCAUCUGAGCACUCUGUAGAACUCGUCCAAUUUCCACUAAAGCUUGAAACGCAGUCCUACUACUAGACAAAUCACAGAUAUCAGGGAUAUUAUUUUCUUUUUAGCAAAAAAGUAGACUAGUAACUGUAUAGUAGGUAAAAAGCAGUCCUUAAAAAAAAUAUACAGAAAUUACACAAAAGGCUGUAGUAAAGUGCCUAGCAAGAAUAUAAAGGACAGGAGAAUCAGUGUAAGCAGACAAACAACAUUGCAUCCUUUCUCCCCUGACCUCUUCACAAAUUCUCCUGUGUGCAUUUUAACACUGACAAUGCUCAAUAUGUCAUAAAGAGCAUUUUCACUUUGUUACAGAAAGUAUUAGAGAGCUUAAAGCCAAGAACAUAGUCAUAUCAUCAGAAAUUAUACUUUGGAGCAUGAUUAGCUCACUUUUGUCCAUAUCUACACAGACAGGAACCCUCAAAAGCCUGCUGACAGUGCUCUUCAUGGAGACAACUCAUACCCAUCCAGAGAACAGAUAUAGCAACAACCCUCUGGCUCAGAUCUGCUCAAUGUUUACCUCUGAGCUAUCAACCUUUCUCUUUUCACUUCUCCUCCCUUCAUCAACAUCUGUUUCCCAUGCCUCCAUCAGUUUUCCGCUAGGGGGACAGCCUCUGGCUGCAUUGAAGCUGCAGAUUACUUAGGGCUAUUGUGCUUUCCAAGUGUGACUUCUGAGACACAGAGAAGCUUAUCCCUGGUCUUUCUCUACACUGAUCCCCAGCCUUACUGAGAGCUCUCAGAGAGACUGACAUCUGUAUUAGAGAGAUCCAUUUCCUUGAUGUGUUUUGCUGGGGAAGAAAUCUUUCAUCUUUACAUAAAAAUAUGGAGCAAGUUACACUGAAGCUGAAUUUCAACUCUUUACUCGGUAUUUUUAAAUACAUGCUCCAUGACAAACCACCCUGUGACUAACUGCGUAAAAAACAAGACUCUACAGAUAUAGAGAACCUGAAGUGUUAAAAAAUAUAUUUUCCCUCUUCCCCCUUAUCCCUUAACAAGUUCACCUUUAAACAAACAUAAAUAUGAGGUAAGCUGACAGAACAAUACUGAAUAAAUAGCUGCAAAAAAUCUUUUGGUUGCUAGACCUCUGCAGGCAUCAUGUAAACUGUAUGCUACCUUCAUGCUAGUUCAGAAAAAGUGUUCUACAUCAAGGGAUCCACAUUCUGGCACUUCUGGCAAGAAACAGAUGUUUUCAGGCUGGUAAAAUAUUGAGAUUAAAAAAAAAAAAGAAGUAAAACAAAUACAUUUUUCCUCACUAGAAAAAAAAAGCCACAUUUGUGCUCCAC